UAUAUUUCCCGUUUAAUUUCUUUACUACAAGUCACAAAAAAUUUCAGCUUAUAGCUAUCCAAAAGCCAUGAAAUACAAUGAGAUAUCCCACUUCAGCCACCCCCAACACAAGCUCAAGUUUGAGUACACAGAAAUCCCAUUCAAGUGUGACGGAUGCAAGGAGGUAGGCAUAGGCUCGCGCUACAAGUGCGCCAUGUGCGAUUUCGAUCUCCACAUGCAUUGUGCCAUGCCUUCCCCUUCUAUCUUCCAUCCUUUCUACACCAAGUGCUCUUUUCAAUUCUUCUCGAGGCCACCGGGGAAUAAUCCUCGUUUUUGCAAUGCAUGUGAGAAAGAUAUUACCGGAUUCACAUACCACUGCACGUCCUGUGGGUUCGACCUUCACCCGUGUUGCGCGAAGCUCCCCAUGGUGCUCAACGACGGGGAGGUCAAGCUCUAUCUGUAUCGGAAGGUGAGCAGCUCUUGUCAUAAAUGUGGGCGUAAAGGGCGUAGUUGGAGUUAUAGGUCAAAAUGUAAGAAGUAUAAUUUGCAUGUGGCAUGUGUUAAGGAAAUGCUUGUGGAAACUUGGCAUGAGUUUUUGGGGUCACAUGGGAAUAAAAAUACCACUAGGAGAUUGGAGAUGACUAGAAUUCCUAGCCUUAAAAAUACGCUCCAAACUCAUCAUCAUAAGAGCAAAGGUAAAGUGAAGAAGUGCUGUGAGAUAGCUGGAUUGGCUGUGCAAUUUGUGAUAUCAGCUGUGUUGGGUGAUCCAACGACUCUGAUUGCUGGGGUGAUUGGGUCGUUAAUGUCGCGAGCCUGAUGAGUGGUUGAUGAUGGGUUCAGAAGAUGUUGGAUAAAAGCCAAGGUGAUUCUCCAGGACGGGCAGCUUCAAGAAUUCUCAAACCCAGUUAAGGUCUCGCACGUGCUUCAAAAGAGUCCCACGUGCUUCAUAUGCGACUCCGACG